AUUAACGUGUGGAUAUUUAUCUUGUUAAUCUUAUAUUUAGGACUUUAUGAAAAUGGAAAAUUAUGAGACAUGUGUAGGCUUUGAUCUCUCUGAGACACCACUCUCCAGUAUUGCUCAGAAGAUUAUGUCUGCUCUGCAUUCAGGUGAUUUAGUGGAUUCUAAGAACUGGGCAGAGAGUACAAAGAUUGCAGAACCAAUAAACAAAUUCAGUGUUAAGGCUUCAGUACUACUUAAAGAUGGGAAGAACCAAUCAUUGGAUAAAAAGAAUUCUAAAUCUUUAACAAGCCAGACAUCAAGAAGGUCAUCCAAUCUCUCUCCUCAUUCCUUCAGUACUGGGCUCACAGUUCAGCUCUCUGCUGACCAAAAGCAGAAAAGCAUCAGCUCAUUGGCUUCUUCCAGGUGUUUGACUCCACAGUGUGAUCAAGAGACUUCAGACCUACAGAAAAUGGAGCAUAAGAAAAAACAUUUCCUAAAUGAAAAUGUAAAUAAUGAAAAUAAGGAAAGUAUGAAUCUUAAAAGAAAACAUAUUAUAUAUAGUAAUUCAUCAAAGAAAACAAGCAAACACAUGGCAUUGGAAGAAAAUGCUGGUGAGGUUAAAGCACACCUAAAUUCUGGGGAUUCAAGAUCAUUUAAAAAAUACCUUUGUGAUAUUAGGUAUUUGGAUGAUCAGUCAAAAAGCCAGCUGAUGGAAAUGCUCAAGCAGACAGCUGCACUGGUAGUGACUCUGAUGUAUAAGGAUGGUUCCACCCAGCUAAGAGCUGACCAGACUCUAAGUUCCUCUGUUAAAGGAAUUGUUAUGUUACUAAAGAAUCAAGUGGAAGAAUCAGAUGCUUCAGCCUGUGGUACUCUGGAGGUAGGCUUCAUGUCCCAGGGUCAGUGCAUCUACAUACACACAGACCUCUGCUCUCUCUGGGGCCAAGAACAAGAGGCAUAUCAUCUUUUUGCCAGGAAUGUGCUGAUUCAAACCCUGAAAUGUAAAUGUCCUGUUAUUUGUUUCAACGCUAAGGACUUUGUGAGAACAGUGCUGCAGUUUUUUGGUGAUGAUGGUAGUUGGAAGCAUGUUGCUGAUUUUGUAGGCCUUGAUCCCAGAAUUGCUGCAUGGCUCAUAGAUCCCAGUGAUGGCGCACCUUCUUUUAAAGACUUAGUGUCAAAACACCUUGAGAAUUCCUUUUCAGUCAAAGCAAGCAGCACAUGUGGAAAUUCUUUAAGUAAUAUUAAGAAUAAGAACAUACAAGUGAACCUGAAUACACUCUACAGACUUACGAUGGACCUGUGUUCCAAAUUGAAGGUUUAUGGUUUAUGGCAACUAUUUUGUACUUUGGAACUUCCUCUGAUACCAAUUUUGGCAGUGAUGGAAAACCACAAGAUUCAGGUGAACAAGGAAGAAAUGGAGAGGACAUCAGCUCUUCUUGGGGCUCGUCUCAAGGAACUGGAGCAGGAAGCCCAUUUUAUUGCAGGAGAACCAUUUCUUAUAAUGAGUAAUAAUCAACUUCGAGAGAUCCUCUUUGGAAAGUUGAAGCUACACCUGCUGAAUCCAAGGAAGAGCCUUCCCAAAACAGGGCCACAGCAACACCUGUCCACUUCAGAGGCUGUGUUAAGUUCUCUGAAAGACCUUCAUCCCUUACCCAAGACAAUCUUGGAAUACAGGCAGGUUCACAAGAUCAAGUCAACCUUUGUAGAUGGAUUACUAGCUUGCAUGAAAAAGGGCUCCAUUUCCUCCACAUGGAAUCACACGGGAACUGUGACGGGAAGACUUUCAGCCACACACCCUAAUAUCCAAGGUAUUUCCAAGCACCCAAUUCAAAUUGCUAAGCCUCAGAAUUUUAAAGGUAAAGAAGAUGAGACUUUCACCAUCUCCCCGAGAGCCCUGUUUGUUUCCUCCAAGGGCCACACCUUCCUGGCAGCAGACUUUUCACAGAUUGAAUUGCGCAUUCUUGCACAUUUAUCUGGGGAUCCAGAACUUUUGAAGUUAUUCCAGGAAUCUGAAAGAAAUGAUGUAUUUUCUACCCUGACUUCACAGUGGAAGGACAUUCCCAUGGAGCACGUGACGCAUGCAGACAGAGAGCAGACCAAGAAGGUGGUGUACUCCGUGGUCUAUGGAGCAGGCUACGUGGCAUCCAUCAUGGGCAGAAGGAGGCCUCUGCCCAGGAUCCAUGCACAGGACCAGCAACUCCGGGCACAAGCAGAACGACAGGCAGUGAACUUCAUGGUGCAAGGCUCUGCUGCAGACCUCUGUAAGAUGGCCAUGAUCCGAAUCUUCUCUGCAGUGGCCACUUCCCCUACCCUGACAGCCAGGUUGGUCGCCCAAAUUCACGAUGAGCUGCUGUUUGAAGUGGAAGACACACAAGUCCCUGAGUUUGCAGCUCUUGUCAGGGAAAUCAUGGAGUCCUUGCAGCAGAUUCAGGACCCGGAGCUGCAGCUACAGGUACCCCUAAAGGUGAGCCUGAGUGCCGGCCGUUCAUGGGGACACCUGGUUCCACUGCCAGAGGCCCUGGGCUCUUAGCUCAGCCUGAGUCUCACUGAGUCUCCCAGCAACAGCCUGGCCACCGCCAGGUCCCUCCUCAACACCUACUCUGGCCUGUGCAUUUUUUGCCUUCAUUUUGUCUGUAGCCCCAGGCAACAGUGGGAGGAGGGAACUGGUCUCCACCAGCCCAUUGUGUGGCCUUUCCCAAGGUCACCAGUGAGCAUGCUGGGCUGCAGGAUGCACAGGCCACAUUAACCCUUUGGGGCUGGGACC